AUGAACAACCCCCCCGACUGGUGGGAGACCAACUGGGGCCGCACCGACGACGCCUGGCCGCGCCGGGGAACCCAAGAGUGCUGGGACAACCGCGGCGACGUGUGCGCCCUCCCCGACCGUGACCACACAGUGUGCCUCCCCGGCUCAAAGCGUGGCUCCACAGUGAACAGGGGCUGGGCGCUGGACCCAAAGAGUGAGAGCUGCCAGCCUGGCGUUCGGUGCCUGUACGCCUGCGAACCCGGGUACUACUGGACCAUGUUCAACCAGAGCGAGACGUCGAACUACGACUACGAGUACGGUCCGAAGAGGGGCCACUGCGACGGCACUUGGGACUACGGCACGUCCACGCACGGGAUACUGUGCAAGGAGGACGGCACGCUGGACCUGCCGGAGGACAAGCCGCUGUGCCAGAUGGGCGAGGAUUACGUGUUCGCGGAGAACCACCUGGACACGCACGUCUUCCUCUGCCAGACCGUGUUUCCAGGGCACGAGAUCUUCCUAAUCCCCACGCUGGUGAAGCCUGGCGAGAGCGUGAUGAUCACAACUCAGCCGGCCGACUACUGGCAUGGGCCCACGUACCAGAAACCCACCCACGGUGACUUCUACCUGAGCUUCUCGGGAGCUGACAUCAUGGAGGCGUGCACUUGGGAUGAGAUCAGCCCCAGCGGGGCGUCCAUGUUGCCGUACGAAGUGGGCAGCGGAGUAGAGGACAAUGGGUUUGUGUACUCGACGCAUUACUUCUACCAGCAGCCCAACAGCGAGAUCCCCCAGGAGAAGAUUGGGUACCAACUUGACCUGCAGUGCGAGUCCAGCGAGCCGGGCGUGUGCGGUCCCGUCUUCAGGAACGCCGACGUGGUCAAGGUCGACGUGCUGAGAAAGCCGGCCCCCGGCACCACCAAGGUCAAGUUCGUGUUCAUGCCCGAGGAAGCGCACGUCGAGUUCCCGGACACCUACCGCGAACCCAACCACAACUUCCUGGACCCAACCAAGAUCCCUGACCCCGAAUCGCGCAGCCACUACGGCGUCGUCACAAGGCCUGCCCCGGUCCACUCCACCACGCCUGUGGUGCCCACCGUUCCUGCUGUUCCUACUGCUCCUACGGUGCCGUCAUCUGGAGUGGUGGAGG